AAACUGCUGGGAAGAAAUGUUUCCUCAGUUCUGAGGAUGACUAAAGGAGUGGAUCUGAAGAUAAGCAGAAGGCUUUGUAUCAAAUCCCCAGAAGAAAGUCAACUUAAGCCAAAAAGUCGGUCUCCUUUGAGGGUGCCUGGACACAAGCCUACAGACUGGGAGAAAAGAUUUUUGUUGUGGGCAGGCCAUUUCAAAAAACCAGAGGAUAUACCAGAGACUGUCUCGAUUGAAACAAUCAGAGCAGCAAAGACCACACUGCGUGUGAAGUUCAGCUACGUGAUGAUUGCCUUGACAAUAGUGGGAUGCAUAGCCAUGGUGAUUAGAGGGAAGCAGGCUGUAAAAAAGCAUGAAUCUCUUGCAAGCAUAAACUUGGAGAAGAAAGCUCAAUGGAGAGAUGAAGGUGCUCAGAGUGUAUCUGCUAAACCUUAGAGGAAGAAAUGAAGAGACCAAGGGCUGGGGAAGAAAAGCUGAUAUCCUUUU